GGGUUAUAAAUGUUAUUUUUCACUUGGUUUUAUGACAGAUAAUUUUGGGUUCAUCGUCGAUGGCUCGCUGACAAAUCUUAACGGAGAUGGGAUAUGAGUUCACUAUAAUGAGUGCAGACAUAGAUGAGAAAGUUAUUAGGAGGGAAAAGCCAGCAGAUUUGGUAAUGGCUCUAGCUGAAGCGAAGGCAGAUGCCAUUGUAUCCAAGCUCAAAAGUACCUCUCAAUUUGAUGUGGAGGCUCAUUCAACACUGUUGAUAACUGCAGAUACAGUGGUGGUGUAUGAAGGGAUAAUCAGAGAAAAACCAUCCAGCAAGGAAGAAGCACGGGAAUUUAUCAAAGGAUAUUCUGGCGGUCAAGCAGAGGUGGUAGGAUCUGUUCUUGUAACCAAUCUUAAGACUGGAAAAAGAAAAGGUGGAUGGGACAGAGCCGAGGUUUAUUUUUAUAGCAUACCAGAUGAGGUCAUUGAUAGCCUGAUCAACGAGGGAUUUACACUCAAUGUUGCUGGAGGUUUGAUGCUGGAACAUCCAAUUACAUUGCCUUUUGUGGAAGCAGUGGUGGGGACAACUGAUACCGUUAUGGGACUUCCUAAAGCUCUCACAGAAAAAUGCAUACUCGAAGCCCUAUAGCUGUAGUGGCCAUAGAUUCUUUGUCAAAACCCCUCGUGAGAUGGAGCUGAAUCUGUAAUGUUUUCAACCAGCAUUUCAAAGUGGUCUUCAAACCCCGUACUGAUACAAAACUACAGAUUGUUUGGUCAUCAAUUUUUAAACUUGAACCCACAGUAUGUCUUCUGUUUCCUGUUCACAAGGCUCUAGGCUAAGCCAAACUUCAGAAAAUGUAUGACUAUCUAAUCUUACUCAUUAAAAAAUAUGUAUGACCAUAUCUGUUGAGAAGUGACUUGAAUCAUGUUGAUAAAGUGCCUCUUCAGUUUGGUCGCUCGAGUGAUGUCAACCCGAGACUUCGCUCAACACCCGCUCGACAUACAGCUCGAGCGGGACACUAAUCCUAAUGUUCAAUCGAGCGCUGCUCGACUUCCGCUCGAGCGAAUAUUUUUUUAAGGCUCCGUGCCGUUUCACUAUUUAUAUACAUGUUAUUCAUUUGUAUAUUACUUUUGGGUAUUAUUUUAAGGUUGUCGUAUAUUAAAGAGAGAGUGAGAAUCCUUUUGUUAACGGUCUUGAGAAUUCAUUGGGUGUAUUGGGACUUUGGGAUUGUGAGGAUUGUGUGGUUGAUCUCUUGUACUUCAUCUUCGUUGAUGGUGAAUUCAUUCCGACCGACCUCGCCAGUGGACGUAGGCUCACAUUGAGCCGAACUACUUAAA